ACUUGCGCUCGCGCUGGAGCGGUUAGCCAGUGUUCGGUUUGAAGCAGGGACGUUAAGCAGGAGUCAUAGUCGUUCAGAAAAGUCCAAAACGGUUUGUGUUUUUAGGUGCAGUUUAGCAGCAGGACGUUUAUAGGUUCUGGGCUGGCAAGUUAGCAUUUAAAUUAUUAAAUAAUAGGAAUAAUUCGACGUUGAAAGGUAACUGACCGCCUGAGGUGACUAGAACAAUGGCUGCAACGGAAGGACCUCUGAAGGCUUUGUUUGAGAACAAGGCCGUGAACAAGCCGAAGAAGGAUGAGAAGCGUCUCUCUGUGGAGCGCAUCUACCAGAAGAAGACGCAGCUGGAGCACAUCCUGCUCCGGCCAGACACCUACAUCGGUUCUGUGGAGCCCGUCACGCAGCAAAUGUGGGUGUUUGAUGAAGUGGUAGGGAUGAACUGCAGGGACAUCACAUUUGUUCCUGGCCUCUACAAGAUCUUCGACGAGAUCCUGGUGAAUGCUGCCGAUAACAAGCAGAGGGACAGCAGCAUGAACUGCAUCAAGAUCACUAUUGACCCAGAGAACAACGCAAUCAGCGUCUGGAACAACGGGAAGGGCAUUCCUGUGGUGGAGCACAAAGUGGAGAAGGUGUAUGUGCCGGCACUCAUCUUUGGCCAGCUGCUCACAUCCAGCAACUAUGAUGAUGACCAGAAGAAGGUCACAGGUGGCCGUAACGGAUACGGCGCCAAGCUGUGCAACAUCUUCAGCACCAAGUUCACAGUAGAGACGACAUGCAAGGAUUCCAAGCAGUCCUUCAAACAGACGUGGUACAACAACAUGGGGCGUGCGGGUGAGGCCAAAAUCAAGCCGUUCAGUGGCGACGACUUCACAUGCAUCUCCUUUCAGCCUGAUCUGUCCAAAUUCAAGAUGGAGUCUCUGGACCGCGACACGGUGGCACUGUUGACUAGGCGUGCGUAUGACAUCGCUGGCUCCACCAAAGGCGUCAAGGUGUUCCUCAACGGCACCAAGCUGCCUGUGAGCGGGUUCCGCAACUACGUGGACCUGUACGUGAAGGACAGAACGGAUGAGACGGGUUCUCCCCUCACUGUAGUGCAUGAGGUGGUGAACCCGCGCUGGGAGGUCUGCCUCACCAUGAGCGAGAAGGGCUUCCAGCAAGUCAGCUUUGUCAACAGCAUCGCCACCACCAAGGGUGGCAGACACACUGAUUAUGUAGCUGACCAGAUCGUGUCCAAGAUGAUUGAGGUGGUGAAGAAGAAGAACAAAGGUGGUGUGGCAGUCAAGCCCUUCCAGGUGAAGAACCACAUGUGGCUGUUUGUGAACUGCCUGAUCGAGAACCCCAGCUUUGACUCUCAGACCAAGGAGAACAUGACGCUGCAGCAGAAGAGCUUCGGCUCCACCUGUACACUCAGCGAGAAGUUCGUCAAACAGGCAAACAGCUGCGGCAUCGUGGAGAGCAUCAUGAACUGGGUGAAGUUUAAGGUUCAGACCCAGCUCAAUAAGAAGUGCUCGGCUGUCAAACACACCAAGAUCAAGGGCGUGCCCAAACUGGAUGACGCCAACGACGCAGGUGGUAAGAACUCUGCCGGCUGCACUCUAAUCCUCACCGAGGGAGAUUCGGCUAAGACUCUGGCCGUGUCUGGACUCGGAGUGGUGGGCCGUGAUCGCUACGGUGUUUUCCCCUUGCGUGGAAAAAUGCUCAACGUGCGGGAGGCCUCGCACAAACAGAUCAUGGAGAAUGCCGAGAUCAAUAACCUCAUCAAGAUCCUAGGUCUGCAGUACAGGAAGAACUACAGCGACCCGGACUCGCUCAAGACUCUGCGCUACGGCAGGCUCAUGAUCAUGACGGAUCAGGAUCAGGAUGGUUCCCACAUCAAGGGGCUUCUCAUCAACUUCAUCCACCACAACUGGCCCUCACUGUUGCACCACAACUUCCUCGAAGAGUUCAUCACUCCCAUCAUCAAGGUGUCGAAUAAGAAGCAGUCGUUCUCCUUUUAUAGCAUCCCAGAGUUCACGGAGUGGAAAGAGAAACAGAGAACCCUGAAAUCAUGGAAAAUAAAGUAUUACAAAGGUUUGGGUACCAGCACAGCCCAGGAGGCUAAAGAGUAUUUCUCGGACAUGGCGAGACAUCGCAUCCCAUUUAAAUACUCAGGACCUGCCGACGACGAGGCGAUCACCCUUGCCUUUAGUAAGAAGAAAGUGGAAGAGCGAAAGGAGUGGCUCACCAGCUUCAUGAUCAACAGGCGACAGCGCCGGGAGCAUAACCUGCCCGAGGAGUAUCUGUAUGGGAAGGAAACCACAUCACUCACCUACCAUGAUUUUGUCAACAAGGAGCUGGUGCUUUUCUCUAACUCUGAUAAUGAGCGAUCUCUUCCAUGUUUGGUGGAUGGUCUGAAGCCAGGCCAGAGGAAGGUGGUGUUCUGCUGCCUGAAACGAAACGAUAAGCGUGAGGUGAAAGUGGCCCAGCUUGCUGGCUCUGUCGCCGAGAUGUCGGCCUAUCACCAUGGAGAGACUUCUCUGAUGAUGACCAUCGUGGGUCUGGCACAGAACUUUGUGGGCAGCAACAAUCUGAACCUGCUGCAGCCUCUGGGGCAGUUCGGCACACGCCUUCACGGAGGCAAAGACUCCGCCAGCCCCAGAUACAUCUUCACUAUGCUCAGUCCUCUGGCUCGGUUAGUUUUCCCUGCUGUGGAUGACAACCUGCUCAAGUACAACUACGAUGACAACAUGCGCGUGGAGCCAGAGUGGUAUGUUCCCAUCAUCCCACUUGUUCUGGCCAACGGCGCUGAUGGUAUUGGCACAGGCUGGGCUAGUCGACUCCCCAACUACGACGUGCGCGAAAUCGUCACUAACAUCCACCGCAUGCUUAAUGGCCAAGAGCCUCUGCCCAUGUUGCCUAACUAUAAGGGCUUUAAAGGAACCAUUGAGGAGAUAACUACCAACCAGUACAUGAACAUUGGUGAGGUGGCCAUUAUUGACUCUACCACCAUCGAGAUCUCCGAGUUGCCUGUAAAAACGUGGACUCAGACGUACAAGGAGAACGUGCUUGAGGUGAUGCUGAACGGUUCUGAUAAGGCACCUCCUCUGAUCACGGACUAUAAAGAGUACCACACGGACACCACUGUGCGCUUUGUGGUCAAAAUGACGGAGGAGAGGCUACGGGAGGCUGAGGCUGCAGGCCUCCACAAAGUCUUCAAACUUCAGAACCCACUCACCUGCAACUCCAUGGUCCUUUUUGACCACGUGGGCAGCCUGAAGAAGUACGAGACCGUACAGGACAUCAUGAAGGACUUCUUUGAGCUGCGUCUGAAAUACUAUGUGCUGAGGAAGGACUGGCUGCUUGGCAUGCUGGGAGCUGAAAGUGCCAAGCUGUCCAACCAGGCACGCUUCAUUCUGGAGAAGAUCGAGGGCACGCUCGUCAUUGAGAACAAGCCAAAGAAGGAGCUGAUCCGCAUGCUGCAGGAGAUGGGCUAUGAUUCGGAUCCUGUUAAGGCCUGGAAAGAGUCUCAGGAGAAGGACGUGGAGGAGGAAGCAGGUGAUGAAGAGGAGGAGAAAGAGGAAGAGACGUCAGGACCGGACUACAAUUACCUCCUGAGCAUGCCCAUGUGGUUCCUCACUAAAGAGAAGAAAGAUGAGCUGUGCAAGCAAAGAGAUGCAAAGAUUAAUGAAUUGAGUGUAUUGAAGAGGAAGUCUCCUUCAGAUCUGUGGAAGGAGGAUCUCGCUGCCUUUACUGAGGAGCUGGAGCGUGUGGAACAGGCUGAGCGAGCUGCCCAAGCCCCAGUCGCCCAGGUCAAGGUCAAAGGUGGCAGGUCUAAGGUGGUGAAGGUGAAAGAUGAGACCAUGCCCACCCCUCAGGGCCGCCGUGUCAUUCCACGCAUCACUAGUGCCAUGAAGGAGCAGGCUGCCAAAAAAGCUGGAACCAAGAAAGGCAAAGUCAAGUCUGAGAGCGAUAGCAGUGAGGUGAUGAAGCUCGAGUUUGGAGACGAGGACGCUGAAGAGCCUCAGGAGAUCGGACUUGCUGCUCGGCUCACCAAAAAGGUCAAGAAGGACCCCAAAGAGAGAGGUUCCAAGUCAGGGAAGCAGACCACACUGCAGUUUAAACCUGUCAAGAAAGAGAAGAUGAAGAACGUGUGGUCAUCUGACGAUGAGUCUGGGAACGAAGAUUCAGACACGUCUCCAAGUGCAGACGUGGUUCCCAGAGAGCGUCUGGGCAGAAAAGCUAACACUGGUGUUAAGUACUGCCUGUCUGACAGUGAGGAUGAACCUGAGAACUGGGACAGUUUGAGGCAAACGAAAGUUCCAGUAGUUGAUGACGGUGACUUGUUUCUCCCAGAACCCAAUACUGUCUCGGAGAGUGAAGAGGACUCCCCUGCCCCGCCUCCACCAAAAAAAAAUGUGAAAAAAACAAAGGAUGAAAAGGAGGUGGUGAAGAGCACACUUGUCUCUGAAAGCACUGCUUCUAAACCUCCACCCAAGCCCAGAGAGAAAGUGGCGAAGAAGGCAGCUGACGGUGCCGCGAAGAAACCUUCAGCGAGGAAGACUGCCGCUCCUAAGAAGAAAGGAGCAGCGACAGAUGUCAAGCAGCCAUCGAUCCUUGACUCGCUGUCCAAACCUGCGGCUGCUAAAAAGAGCACGGCCACGAAACCAGCCACAUUCAGCGACUCUGAAAACUCCCCUGCACCAGCAGCCAAGAAAGCAGCCGUGCGUAAGAGGAAGGUUGCAGUGAGCAGUGACGAUUCAGGCAGCGACUCGGAUGGGGGAAACCUCAUGGCCCGCCUCAAAGGCAAAGCAGCCGCUGCAGGAAAGAAAAGUAAGCAGGAAGAUGACAGCUUUUCUUUGGAUGUGACGACCUCUGCCGUGGCACCAAGGAGCAAAACUGCACGCAACACCAAACCAGUCACCUAUGUGCUGGACUCUGAUUCGGAUGAUGACUUUUAGCCUGUUUACCUUCACUUCAUGGUGCUAAAAUGAAGUUAACAUUUGUACAUAUGUUUUAAGACUUUAAUUCAAGUUUUUUUUUCCCUUUAUAGCCCUUCAGUAUCACAUUUUGUGUAGUUUCUGAAAGUGUGGUUGAUGCAAGGUUUUGAAGUAUUUGAGAAACUGUCUGUCUUGUAAAUAUUUUCUAUGAUCUUUUUCUACUGAUUUUUUCAAAAAUAAACUUUUGCUUAUGA